CUUCCUUCAAGGUUGGGGAAAGGGAUCAAAAACGUCGAGCUGCACUAACUCACCUGCGCCAUCUGCAUCCCUCGUCGGAAAAUCUAUCAGAAAUUUAUUGCGGUGGCUUGCUUGCAUGCAUCUUUUUUUGGAACUCGCUUCUUGUUUGAAACCAGCUUGCAGCGUGCUGAGAACGUGUUGAGAACGUGCUUCACACGCAGGAGAGGAUCGCCUUCAUUUAUUGGCCAAUUGGAUUCGUGAGGAAUCUGAUUACGUCGGAGAGGCCGAAGUGACCAGUCGGAUUCGGUGAAGGUAGCGGCGACACGGACGAUUCCGGGUUCGGUAUUCGUAAACCGACGAGAAGGCCGAGAAGAGAUCGAUCUGAGAGCCCGGAACGGAGGAGGAGAGCAGGGCAAGGGAUUGCUGAUCCCCGUUUCCUCGCUUGGUUUGCAACAUGGGUGGGCUUGAGGCUUUGAGCCCGGGCACCGACCCAGACAGGCCCGUCCAUAUCGUCUUCGUCGGUGCCGGCGCUGUUGGGUGCUUCUACGCUUCACGGCUACACCAUCCAUCUCACAACAUCCACGUCUCGCUCAUCGCUCGCUCCAACUACAAGGCCCUUACCGAGCAUGGCGUCCAGCUUCAAACUCACACCUUUGGUGACUACACCUUCCGCCCGCACGCCGUCUUCCCCUCGGUAGCCGCCGCCGCCGCUAAUCCUAACCCGUCCGGCGCCGGGCCCCGCGAAUGGGACUACAUCAUCGUCACGACUAAAGCCCUACCCGACCGCUCCGACGACAGCGCCCUCAUCGCCCCGCUCGUCGGCGCCAACUCGUGCAUCGUGCUCAUCCAAAACGGCGUCGGCGUCGAGCAGCCCUACCGCAUCCGCUUCCCCGCCACGCCCAUCAUCAGCGCCGUCACCGUCAUCUCCGCCGAGCAGACCUCCCCGGGCACCAUCCGGCAGAACCGCUGGACCCGCAUCCACAUCGGCCCCUACUCCGACUCGGCCUCCUUCUCCCCCGCCUCCGAUAACAACAACGCCAGCAAUACCAGGAGCAGCAGCAGCACGGCCACCUACACGCGAGGCGACGACACAACCGGCGCGCUCACCCCCACAGGCACCUUUCCCGCCCCCAACAGCAGCAACACCAACAACACCACCAAAACCCCCCCAACCAUGGAGGCCCUCCAACAAACCGGCUCCCAGCGCGCCGCCCUGCUAGCCGACUGGUGGACGCGCCUAGGCCAGAUCCGGGACGUCGACGUCGCCGCAGACGAAACAGCACUUCAAACAGUGCGGUGGCACAAGCUGUGCAUCAACGCAGCCUUCAACCCAGCCGCCGUGCUCGCAGGCGGGCGCGGCAACGCCGACAUGGUGCGCGACGACGCCGAGCUGCGCGCCCACCUUUCCGGAGUGAUGCGCGAGAUCUGGGCGGCCGCGCCGCAGGUGCUGGGGCGGGCUUUCCCCGCGUCGCUGGCGGGGCCGGAGAGGAUCCUGAGGAGUACGGAAAGGAAUGUGGGCAGUAAGCCGAGUAUGCUGCUGGAUUGGGAGGCGGGAAGGCCGAUGGAGAUUGAGGUGAUUCUGGGGAAUCCGGUGAGGAUUGCGAGGGCGAGGGGGGUGGAGAUGCCGAGGUUGCAGACGGUUUAUGCGCUGUUGAGGAGUGCGCAGGAGGUGAGGGAGCGGGGGGAGAAGAAGGCGGCGGGGAAGGGGAAGUUGUAG